CUUUAUGCAACUUGAUUGAAUAAUUCCACAUCUGCUUUGAAGCCCCGAGCUUCUGAUGGUUCCUCGCCACGCCAAGCAGUGGAAGAUGCCAAGCUUCAAAGUCACGUGCCACCACCGGGCGAGAGCUACGUGAGUGAUGCGUCUAUCGUUGUUGCUGGCGAAGCUCUGGACAGACAAGGCUCUCGAAACUCCUCAACCACAACCAUCAUUUCGCCCGUUUUUCCAUCUCCCAUAUACUCACAGACCUCCACUUUUUUCUACUUCUCAUUUUACGCCACCCGCAAUGGGAGACGUCGCCGUGGAGAACCCGGCGAGCGCCCUCUCGUCUCACACGAAGGCAGCUCCCUUGGACACGAUUCCCAACAUAGAUUCGCUCGAAGGUACAGGGGCUGACGACGGUGAUGAAUAUGCUACCUUGAAGAAACUGCAAAGGCACCUGGAAUACAUCAAACUCCAAGAGGAAUACAUCAAGGAUGAGCAAAGGAGUUUAAAGAGGGAGCUGGUUCGUGCACAGGAAGAAAUCAAGCGGAUACAGAGUGUACCCUUGGUCAUUGGCCAGUUCAUGGAAGCGAUCGAUCAGAACACCGGUAUCGUACAAUCGUCGACCGGCUCGAAUUAUGUCGUCCGCAUCCUCUCCACCCUUGACCGCGAAAAGCUGAAACCGUCAUCCUCCGUCGCACUGCAUCGCCAUUCUAAUGCUCUUGUCGACAUCCUUCCUCCGGAGGCCGACUCCUCUAUUGCCAUGCUAGGCGAGAAUGAGAAGCCGGAUGUUACAUACGCAGAUGUUGGUGGUCUUGAUAUGCAGAAGCAGGAGAUCAGAGAGGCCGUCGAGCUUCCUCUGACGCAUUUUGACCUCUACAAGCAAAUCGGUAUCGACCCCCCUCGCGGUGUUCUCUUGUACGGCCCUCCAGGUACCGGAAAAACUAUGUUGGUCAAGGCGGUUGCGAAUAGUACCACCGCCAGCUUUAUUCGAGUGAACGGUUCAGAAUUCGUGCAAAAGUAUCUCGGAGAGGGACCGCGUAUGGUCCGCGAUGUCUUCCGGAUGGCUCGAGAAAACUCACCAGCAAUCAUUUUCAUUGAUGAAAUCGAUGCCAUUGCCACAAAGCGUUUCGAUGCACAGACCGGCGCAGACCGUGAGGUUCAGCGUAUUCUGCUGGAACUUUUGAACCAAAUGGACGGCUUCGAGCAGUCAAGCAACGUGAAGGUCAUCAUGGCCACCAACCGAGCGGAUACCCUCGAUCCAGCCUUGCUGCGACCUGGUCGUUUGGAUCGAAAGAUUGAAUUCCCGUCUCUGCGCGAUAGGCGUGAGCGACGACUUAUUUUCUCCACGAUCGCCUCAAAGAUGUCCUUGUCUCCCGAGGUGGAUCUGGAUUCUCUCAUUGUCCGAAAUGAGCCGCUGUCCGGUGCCGUUAUUGCUGCAAUCAUGCAAGAAGCUGGUCUCCGCGCAGUUCGCAAGAACCGAUACAACAUCAUCCAGUCUGACCUUGAGGAUGCUUACUCUACUCAAGUUAAGACCGGACAGGAAGCUGACAGACUCGAAUUCUACCGGUAAACUGAGAGUCGUUUUUGAUCAUGUGGUGGUGGUCCUGGCUGUGCAUAGCAAGAAGGUAGAAAUAAACUGUAUCACCAAGAUCCUUGGCUAGCAUAUAUGUAGUCUUAUAGUUGCAACUGAGCGGCGGCGUAAGAUGGUAAAGAUGGUUGCCUACGCGAUAAUACGAAAUAACACUCUAGUUCCCUGAAUCCCGAAAGGCC